AUGUCAACGACGACCAAAGUUUAUGAAAGGAGGAAGGUGAAGAAGGAAGGGGCAAAGCGUAAUGUUGCAUCGGAGUCAGCUCAUGUUACUUUGAACGUGAAGGGUCAGGACGAGGAAGAGGUUAGAGUGUUCAAGGUGAGAAGGAAGACUAAGUUGAUUAAGUUGAUGCAAUAUUACAGCGAUAUGAGAGGUGUCGAGUGGAACACAUUUCGCUUUCUAUUGGAUGGCUCGAGAAUUCGGGAGUACCAUACUCCGGAUGACCUGGAGCUUAAGGAUGGAGAUGAAAUUGACGCAAUGUUGUAUCAAGAAAGUGGUUUUGGUCCAUCGUCUUCUAUAAUAUUUAGAGUUUGA